GCAUAUAUGAACUCUAUCACUAGCUUCAUAUUGAGUGUGACAUCUCAAUUUCCUUCUUUGAGGUUUCUCUCUCAGUACUUCUCUAUUAAUACUCAGCCCCCACCAUUCCUUAUGGCUGUUUCAAUUUCAUAAACAUCCUUUAAUAUCUAUCCACUUCAUCAUCAACUGUUUCCUCGACUUCUUCGGGUUCUCCAAUGGGAAGACAUUCUUGCUGUCACAAGCAAAAGCUCAGGAAGGGCCUGUGGUCCCCCGAGGAAGACGAGAAGCUCGCAAGGUUCAUCAUGAUGCAUGGCCAUGGCUGCUGGAGUUCUGUCCCUAAACUUGCAGAAUUUUCAGGUUUGCAGAGGUGCGGGAAGAGUUGCAGGUUGAGAUGGAUUAACUACCUGCGGCCCGACUUGAAGAGAGGCACAUUCUCGGAAGAGGAAGAGAACUUGAUAAUCGAGCUCCAUGCUUCUCUUGGAAACAGGUGGUCUCAAAUAGCAGCACAGUUACCAGGAAGAACGGAUAAUGAGAUCAAGAAUUUGUGGAACUCGAGCAUCAAGAAGAAGUUAAUGCAGCAAGGGAUUGACCCGAACACUCAUAAGCCGCUCCUACAAGCCAUGAAUCGAGAUGAAACUCUCAGAGAUGAUGGGCAGACGCCGACUGAAAGAAGCACAUUUACUAUUGAUACAUUGAGCUUGAGGACUAAUCCGAAACCAGACAAUCCCCCGAGUCUGUUCUCCAAGUUUGGAUUUUCUCUAGACUCAAAUCCUUCGGUUUGGUUCGAUGCCUCAAACUUCAGUCCACCGUCGUUGAAGACAGCUUCUUCUUCAAGUUCGACUUCGAGCUCUUCCAUGCCCUCGGAAUUGGGGUUGAACCUGAAGCCAAGCUUUGGGAUAUCCACCUGGGGCAUCGCGGGAGACAGCCAAGCCCAAACACAGCCCUGUGAUGCUGAGGAAGUCAAGUGGUCUGAUUAUCUCAAUUUGCCAUUUCUGGUGACAAGCACAGCUCAAGAAAGGCAACCUUUGGGAGCAGCAGAGAAUAUUCUUCGGAAUGUUUCAUCGGAUGAAGCGAAGUCGACGACGAUGGAAGCUAGAUCGGAUGUUUACUGUAAGGAUACCGUGAGAUUAGCUACUUCUUUUGGGAAGUUCUAACUUGAGGAUUUCAUAUAAUUAAUUUAAUUUGAAAUUAUGAAGGAGAUAAAAUAAUAAUGGAAUGAAGGGCAUAUAGCAGUUUCUGAGCA